AUAUACCUGUAUUCAAAACAGGAAAUGCAAACAAUAUUUCACUAUGUCCAAACUAUAUUCGUUCAAAUGUAUCGUUAUUGGUUAUACUCACUGAGCUUAAUAAAAAAAUGCAAUAAUACCACAUGGCUAUGUGGCUACCGAGCUACUUUUUCUGAUAGACAAUCUUUGAGAACGCCCUUGCUUCAAUCAGCAUCGCCCUUUUCUACUUCAUCCGACGAGAAACUGAUUUUAAACAUUUGGCGGCGGAUUGGGAUUUGUUUGGUGCUUGACUGUAGCCAGCUAACGUUAGGUUGUAUGUAAAUAACUUUUAAAAACUUGGCAAGUGAGUUUACGCAUUAACAUGGAUUCAACUAUGGCGAAACUUCUUGUUGGACUUUCAGUCAACAUCCAAAGAAGCGAUGGGCGAGUGCAUGCUGCAAAUGUCAAAUCUGUGGAUUCCACAAAGUGUACUGUGACGGUUGAAUGGUUAGAGAAAUCUGUAUGCAGGGGAAAAGAGCUUGAAAUUAAUGAAUUAUGGUCCCUGAACAAAGAGCUUUUUGAGCGCAUGAAACCAACUAGUAUACCUGCUCCUCCGGAGAAGAAAUGUGAAAGCCGUCUUCGUUCAUCCGGGGUCCCUGCUCCUUCCAGUCCUUCUACUCCAGCGGGUCCUCCUGAGGAGACAGUUCCACUUCCAAGAAAGUCUACACGGCAGACAUGCUUGUUCCGGACCCUUACUCCUGUCUCUGAGCUUGCUGCUAAGACUAAGCAUGACUCCCUGUCUUCAGAGUAUCCACCCUCUGUCCUCAAAGCUUCAGGUGUGCCCAACCGAGAGAGGAAAAGGAACAGUCAGAGACCGACUGCUGUCCUGCCCCCAGUCAACGAGGCCCUGAAGGAGAAUGAGGCCAAGAGUGUUUCCUCAGUCACCUCAAGCAGACGGAGAUCAGUGCUACCCCAAGACAUGAGCAAACCAGUGAACAAAAGAUUGUCCCAUGCAGUCAAGAGCUUGGACAUGGUGCCCAAGAAAGGAAAAUUUGAAGACACAAACCGACCGAACAAGCAGUUUUACCAGAUGAUUGAAGAGUUCAGAGAGACCUUGGAAGUACUUCCUUUAUCUCUGUCUGAUAUGGUUGAAGCUCGUAGAAUUUGUGUGUGCGUUCGCAAGCGUCCUCUCAACAAUAAAGAGGUGACUAAGAACGAUAUUGAUGUGGUUUCUAUCCCUGGUAAUGGAACGCUUCUCCUUCAUGAGCCCAAGCAGAAAGUGGACCUGACAAAGUACCUUGACAACCAGGUCUUCCAUUUUGACUACUCCUUUGAUGAGUCAUCCACCAAUGACUUAGUGUACAGAUUCACUGCCAAGCCCCUUGUCCAGACCAUCUUUGAUGGUGGGGUGGCAACUUGUUUUGCUUACGGACAAACUGGAAGUGGUAAAACUCAUACAAUGGGAGGAGAUUUUUCAGGGAAAAGCCAGAACAACGCGAAAGGGAUCUAUGCCAUGGCAGCUCAGGAUGUAUUCGCCCUCCUGAAGCAGAGGAGAUAUUCCGGUCUGGACCUGUGUCCCUACGUGACAUUCUUUGAGAUCUACAACAGCAAGGUAUUUGAUCUGCUGAACAAGAAGGCCAAGCUGCGAGUGCUAGAGGAUGAGAAACAACAGGUCCAGGUGGUCGGCCUGCAGGAGAUGUACGUUUCGUGUGCUGAAGACGUCAUCAAGAUGAUUGAGAUGGGCAGUGCAUGCAGGACGUCCGGCCAGACGUCAGCCAACGCCAACUCGUCUCGCUCCCAUGCCGUCCUGCAGGUGAUCCUGCGAAGGAGGAACCAGGUGCACGGGAAGUUCUCCCUGGUGGACCUAGCAGGGAACGAGAGGGGCAUUGACGUUCGCAGUAGCGACAGACAGACCCUCGUAGAGACGGCCGAGAUCAACUGCAGCCUGCUGGCUCUCAAGGAAUGCAUUCGCUCCUUGGGGAUGGACAGCCACCACAUCCCCUUCAGGAUGAGCAAGCUGACACAGGUACUCCGAGACUCCUUCAUCGGCGAGAACUCCAGGACAUGCAUGAUUGCAAUGGUGUCUCCUGGAAUGUCCUCAUGCGAUUCCACUGUGAACACACUACGCUAUGCAGACAGAGUGAAGGAACUGAAUGGAACGUUAAAGAUGAAUGAUGCGGAUCUUCCCAAGAAGAUUGAUGAGAUGGAAGUGGAGAACAGCUCCUCAUCAGAAGAGGACUCCAUUGUACCCAUGACCGACGUGUAUGAGGCCAUAUCCCAGGUUUCUGAGCUGGAGGAGAGGGUGCACGAGGAGUUGACGGGAGCAAGUAACAUUAUCAAGCAAAUGGAGAUGCCAUCAUAUGACAUUGAGGCUGGGGCGACUGAUAUUGUGGACUACGCAAGAAAAUUACUGGACACGGUCCUGGCAUUGCAGUCUGCCAUUGAUGGAGAGCGACUGGCAAGGAUGUCACCCAAAUCAGGUUAUUGCUGAGAGGGACAUCCCUCAACUUGUUCACUUGGGAAUAAUGUUCUGAUAAGUUUUAUCAUGCAGUAACUAUUCAUUAUUGUUCAAUUGGGCAUAAAUUCCCUUCUGCUAACUUUCAUUUAAUGGUACAUGAAAGAACCUUACCUCUAAUGUGUAAAGCCUCUCACUACAUACCAUAGAUCUCUGUGAAAGUAUGUUAACAGUUCAUGUUUUAAAUGGAUUUGUAUUCAAACUGGAGAUUUGUCCAGCAUUUAAAUGAUUUGUGAAUAUAAUAAAGGUAUUUACCAAUAUGUUA